AUGACUAUCACUCUGCAGGACGUGACCUACCAGUUGGGACUCAAGAUCGACGGUGGUCCUAUUAGUGGAUACAUAGAUGACAAACAGUCACAGACCAAGUGGACUGUCAAGCUCACAUGGUUCCAUAAUACGGUAUGCGGAGAGCUGGAGCAGGACGCCGCUGAGGAGCGCCUGUUGAGGUACACGAAAGGGUAUAUCAUGCAGUUGAUCGGGGGUAUCUUAAUCCCAGAUGCAUUUGACUCUCGGGUACACAUCAGGUGGCUCCCUCUCCUAGAGGACCUUGACACAUGUGGCGGGUUAUCAUGGGGCUCGGCUGUGCUGGCAUGGCUGUACCGCCAGAUGUGCUGUGCCACGGAACAUGGUGGGUUGAGUACCACCCCAGACAAUGCCAGAGGCGAGCAAAGACUUAGGCAUUACAGGCGUACCCUGAAUGGGAUCAGCAUCAUGAACAUCGGGUUGUAG